AUGGGUAAAACGAGUGACCUAAGGGACUUUGAGCGUGGUAUGAUCGUAGGUGCCAGGCGCGCCGGAUCAAGUAUCUCAGAAACGGCCGCCCUCCUGGGCUUUUCACGCACGACAGUUUCUAGGGUUUACCGAGAAUGGUGCGACAAACAAAAAACAUCCAGUCAGCGGCAGUCGUGUGGGCGAAAACAGCUAGUUGAUGAGAGGGGUAGAAUGAGAAUGGAAAGAAUCGUGCAAGCUAACAGGCGGGCCACAAACAGACAAAUAACGGCGCAGUACAACAGUGGGGCGCAGAACGGCAUCUCGGAACGCACAACUCGUCGAUCCUUGUCACGGAUGGGCUAUAGCAGCAGACGACCACGUCGUGCAAAUGAGGAGUGGGAAAACAUCGCCUGUGUAGAUACGGUACGAGAACUUGUCCUGGACAACUGUAGCUCAAAUGAAGGAAAAAUCGAAGGCCUCACAGAAGAAUUUGUCAAUCUGAAAUUCCUCAGUUUGAUAAACGUUGAUUUAAUCUCAGUCACCAACCUUCCCAGACUUGAGAAACUCAAAAAGUUGGAACUCAGUGACAACAGAAUCUCUGGUGGCCUUGACGUGCUAGCAGAGAAACUCCCCAACCUCACACAUCUAAAUCUAAGCGGGAACAAACUGAAAGACAUCAGCACAUUGGAACCUUUGAAAAAGCUGGACAGCCUGAAGUCUCUGGACCUGUUCAACUGUGAGGUGACCAACCUGAAUGACUACAGGGAGAGUGUGUUCAAGCUGCUCCCACAGCUCACCUACCUGGACGGGUACGACGUGGAGGACCGAGAGGCACCCGACUCGGACGGAGAGGUGAACGGUGACGACGAUGAGGAAGGGAAUGAGGAUGGAAAGGAACACUUUGACGAGGACGACGGUGAUGAAGAGGAGGGAGUAGUAGGAGAGGAGGAUGAGGUCAGUGGCGAUAAGGAGGAGGAAGACAUUGGCAUUGAUGAUGAGGACAACGAUGAAGAUGAAGUCAAGGCUGUCCAAGGAGAGAAGAGAAAGCGAGAGCCUGACGACGACGAUUAAGAGCAAAAACCGAAAGCAUAGAGUUACCAACCCAUUCCCUCUCCAAUAGUAGUUACAUAGGAUGAACCUUGACUAGAAUACAGCAUAUACAUAUAAAGUGGGUAAAACCGUAUGUAAACAUUAUUAAAGUGACCAGUGUUCAAAGACUAUGUAUAUACGGCAGAAGUCUCUAAGGUGCAGGGUUGAGCACGUACCGGGUGGUAGCCGGCUAGUAACAGUGACUAAGUUCAGGGCAGGGUACUGGGCGGAGGCCAGCUAUU